GCAGAGAUCCAUCGACGGACCAACAGGGAGAGUGAGGGGAGGAGAGAGUCAGAUCAUCCACGGCCUGAACCAUGGCGGAAAACGACGACGAUGAGGGCUUUGGCGAUUUCAGAUCGUCAGUCGACGGCCCUCGUAUCUCCUCCAAAAACAACAUCCCCAACGCCGAAGAUGAUGACUGGGGAGAUUUUAUCAACUCCAGUUUUCACUCUCGCACCGGAUCGUUACCGGCUGAGCAGUUAGAUCCGUUCGGCGGCAUCUCGUCGGUCCAGGUUGAGCCCGACUCGAUGCCGAAUGGGGAAGAUUCGGCCGGGACUGGGUGGGUCAAGCCGAUUGGAGCAAUACCGUUAUCGAUUUUUGGAGAGGAGGAGAGAGAGGAGGAGGGAUCAGGUGCGAUGGAUCAGACGUUCAAUGGUGCGAAUGGUUUGCUUUUCAGUACUAGAAAGGCUGACAAUGCGAAGACGAAGCAAUUGGAUCUUAAUGAAUUGAUGUAUAAUUUGUAUAAGCAGAACUUGAAGAGCAAUGAUGUAAGCGGACCAGAAUCAGCCUCAAGUGAAUCAGUUCCCGACCCUAAGCAUACAAAUGAGCAGGAUCUGCAUCGGAAUGGACUAAAUCCGAACUUAAAUGGGAAGCAUGAGGUGAAUUUCAGCUCAAAUGGAUCGAUUUUAAAGCGGGAUGAGUUGAAUUUGGUUUCAAAUGGAUUGAAUUCAAAUAUUAAGACUUCUAGUUUGGAUGGAGAGGGGGCGAACUUGGACUCUAAUUUGUUUAAUGAGAUAAAAUUGAGUUCAGGGGGCUUUGCUCCAACCCAGAAUGGGUUUAAGUUGGAUCCAAGUGGAAUUGAUUCUAGUUUAGCUGAUGGAGAUGUGGAGGUCGAUGAUGAUGGUGAUGAUGGGUGGGAAUUCAAAGCUGCAGAGUCCAAGGCGGAAUCUGGAUCAGAAAUAUCUAAUUUGAAGAGCGAGGAGAAUAUAGCUCAAAAUGGGUCAAUAUCGAAUUUCAUUGUGUCCAAUUUCAGCUUGAAUGUGCUAGGUGUGGAUGCCAAUGGGCUGAAUUCCAAUGUGAAUGGGUUAAAUUUGAGUUCUACUGACAAAAAUCAGGAAUUCAGUGAUGAUGGAUGGGAAUUCAAAACUGCAGAAUCAGAAACAUCCUCCAGAGAUGACUCCGUGAAGGUUGAUGAGGGAAUGCAGGAACAUCCUGAGGGAGCUGAAUAUACCUUUGGGUUUGGAAAUGGCACAAACGGAGCCACUGAUUUAUUUGCCACAUCUGGUGGGAUCUCUGAUGCGCCUUAUAAUUGGGGAUCUGGGUUUAGUUUCAACCCAAGUUCCGCUACUCAAAGGAAGCAUGAUAAAAAGAACAAUGGAUUCAAUACUUCCACAGUUUCUGAAAAUAUUGAUUCUGAUAAAACUUGCUGGGCAUUUAAGGAUGUGUUUUCAGAAACUGAAUCAAAAGAUAAGAAGAAUGAGGGAGUGUUGGAGAAACACAAUGGAGCAUUGCCCCUGUCCAUUUUUGGUGAUGUAGAACCAGAAACAGAUGAUCCUUUGACAUAUCCAGAUGUUUCUACUCAUAAGCCUACUCCCCUAAAAGUUGGCAUGAAAGAUUCUGGUUCCAAUAUGUCCAUCAAAGAUCUUAUAUCAACUUUAUAUAGUCAAGUUGAGCAGGAUGCCUCUAUUAUUCAUAGGGACAGUCCCAAUGAAAAUGGAUAUGUUUCCACCAAGAGGAUGGUGGCUUCUGAUACAGUAAAUAGUGCUGAUGGUUUUGAUGAUAAUUCAUGGGAAUUUAAGGGUGUCCUUUUUGGAAGUGGAGACGAAAAUCAGAAGUCUGCGCUUGGUGGUGGAGAUUCAUCUCAAUUGUACCCAGCAGAAGGAAAGAUAAAUGAUUUUGUGGAUUUCUAUUCAAAGCUAACAGAUGAACUGUGCUUUGUUGCACUUUUCCAUGUUGAUGGUUUGAAGAAAGUUCAAAGUUCCGCCCCUGCUGGUGAAGAUGGUGGAAUAGAAAGGCUUGAGAAGGAAAUCCAGGAUCUUUGUAAUGUCAUGCAUAAAGAUGGUACAAAAUCCAAGGAAAUCCCAUCAGAGAAUGAUCAAUCAAGAUGUAUUUUCUUGAAUGAAUUCACCCAGAUUCUGCAGGAAGAACAGUUCCAAGUUCUUGAGUCAGAAUACCAUUUAUCAGAAAAAUUGCCACUGGCAGGGAAAGAUCUACAAUCAGCAACUGAACUCUUAAAACAUGCAGCAUCAACACUUAAGAUUCUAAGACUGGGAUCAAUUGAGGAGCAAUAUAGUUAUGUUUCCACAUGGUUCCAGAUUGUCUCUGCUUGUGCUGAAGAGUUGAAGCAUGGUUCUCUCCUUUGGGAGCAGUCACGGGAGAAAAACAUUGACACUCAAAUAUUAACAAUACCUCAAGGCAGACAGUACAUCCAUGCCCUUGGAGAAAUUUACAGAGUCAUUGAAGUCAUUGGACUUUCAGCCAAACUUUUCAAACCUUGGAUAUUGUUUAGUUCUGCAAAUUCCAUUGGCAUAUUUGAGCAUUUGAGAGAGUGUUCUACUUUGUGGUCAAAUUCAGGACUCCAAGAUGCCUGUCAGAGCAUGUCUGAUCCUGUUCAUUCAGAUUCUGGAGCAAUCAAAGCUUUACUUGAUUCUAUCAUGUAUAUCCGCAAUCUUGAUCUGCAUGAACUUCAUAAUUACAUCUUAUCUGGAGAAGAACCUACCUGCCAUCUUUCCCUCUUAACUGCAGGAACAGUGCCAGGCAUGAAGAUGGUGGCUUGGAAUGGAGUGCAAUACUUUCUACCUCUGGCAAAUCUGUGGACAAAUCUAAUAAGUUAUGAUCCUCCAAAUUUGCCUCGCAUACCUGCAAACCAAUGACGUCAUAAGGAUUAUCUCAAGGAUUUUUGUUGAUGUCUUGAUGAAAAACUGCUUUCCAGACCAUCUUUGGCUUUGAAACGUAACCACAGCCAGAGAUGCAUGAGUGCAAGGACAGCACUCGGGAUUAAAACAUUAAGUGAAGAUGGAACACAAGUUCUCCAGUUCUGUGUAGAUGCAAGCUGCUCGGUUGAAUCAGGCAACCUCUCCGAAUUCUUUCUCGUUUGCUUCAUCAGUUGUCAUUCUUUUUACGAAAGCUGUAUAUGGUAAUGAAUGUAGAAUAUUGCAUUAAUUUAUCAUUUAGCUGUGUCUUGUUUUUGAUUCCCAUAUUGGAUCAAUAAGCACCCCAUAUACCUAGAUAUAGAAUUGUAAAGCAUAAGUGAAAUUUGGCCAGAAAAAUAGCAUAAAGAGAUUGGGUUGAUCAGUUGUUCUCGUCUUGUAUUUCAAGCUCAUCAUAGAGCCAAAAACAAUGAAAAAGCUUUUGUGUG